AUGUCCGUCACUUGCCAUGGGACGGGCGGGCCGGGCCUGCCGUGGGUCCCGGGGCGGGCGGGCAAUGUCCGUCACUUGCCAUGGGACGGGCGGGCCUGGCCUGCCGUGGGUCCUGGGGCGGGCGGGCGAUGUCUCUCACUUGCCACAGGACGGGCUGGCCGGGCCUGCCGUGGGUCCCGGGGCGGGCGGGCGGGCGAUGUCCUCACUUGCCACGGGACGGGCGUGCCGGGCCUGCCGGGGUCCCGGGAGUGGGAGGGUUGGAUGGGGUCCGGUCUCUUGCCAAUUGGUGGGCCCGGGUGGGGCUCAGUUGGUGUCCCGGGGCGGAUCGGGAACGAUGGGUCCGUCUCGUUUUCCAAUGGGAUGGGCCGGCCGGGCCUGCCGUGGGUCCCGGGGCAGGACGAACGAUGUCCCGUCAACUUGCCACGGGACGGGCGGGCGGGCCUGCAUGGGUCCCUGUGCGGGCGGGCGAUGUCCGUUCCACUUGGGCCACGUUGGUGGACGGGCCGGGCCCGGGGACUGUUCCAUGGGUCCCGGGUGCCCGGGGCGGCGAUGGUCGCUCACUGCCAGGGACGGGCGGAACGUGCUGGCCCGGGCGAUGCCGUCACUUGUCACGGGACGGGCGGGCCAGGCCUGCCAGUGGGUCCCGGGGCGGGCGAACGAUGUCCGUCACUUGCCACGGGACGGUCGGGCCCGGCCUGCCGUGGGUCCCCCGGUGUGGGCGCGAUGUCCGUCACUUGCCACGGGACGGGAGGGCCGGGCCUGCUGUGUUUCCCGGUGAGGGGCGGGCGAUGUCCGUCACUUGCCACGGGACGGGCGGGCCGGGCCUGCCGUGGGUCCCGGUGUGGGCGGGCGAUGUCCGUCACUUGCAACGGGAAAAAAAAAAAAAAACGGGCGGGCCGGGCCUGCCGUGGGUCUCCGGUGAGGGCGGGCGAUGUCCGUAACUUGCCACGGGACGGGCGGGGCGGGCCGGGCCUGCCGUGGGUCCCGGAUGAUGGCGGGCGAUGUCCGUCACUUGCCACGGGAUGGGCGGGCCUGGGCCUGCCGUGGGUCCCCGGUGCGGGCGGUGAUGUCCGUCACUUGCCACGGGACGGGCCGGCCGUGCUUGUCGUGGGUCCCGGUGCGGGCGCGAUGUCCGUCACCUUGCCACGGGACGGGCGGGCCGGGUCUGCCGUGGGUCCCGGUUUUGGGCGGGGCGAUGUCCGUCACUUAACCACGGGCCGGGGCCGCCCUGUGGGUCCCUGGUGCGGGUGGGCGAUGGCCCGCACUUGCCACGGGAACGGGCUGGCCGGGCCUGCCGUUGGGUCCCGGUGUGGGUGGGCAAUGCCGUCACUUGCCUUGGGACGGGGCGGGCCGGGCCUGCCAUGGGUCCCCGGUGGAGGGCAGGUGAAUGUCCCGUCCUUGCCACGGGACGGGGCGGGGCCGGGCCUUCCGUGGGUCACGGUAGGUGGGCGGGCGCGAUGUCCGCACGGCCAUUGGGCCGGGCGGGCCGGGUAA